CUAGGAUCGAUAUUACUAGUAUGCGCUGAUAAGAAGCACUAAAGAGAUAGUGAAAGAGAGACCGAGAGAUGGAGGUGACAAAGGUUAAAUUCAAGGAUGAUGAUGAGGAAUUAGCAGGUGGGAUGCUUCCAGGGUUUCGGUUUCAUCCGACCGAUGAAGAACUUGUUGGGUUUUAUCUGCCGGUUAAGGUGGAGAAGAAAAAGGUUUCUACUAGAUUGGAUCAACUCAUCAGACAGAUUGAUAUCUACAAAUAUGAUCCCUGGGAUCUUCCAAUUAGCACUGAGGGAGACAAAGAGUGCUACUUCUUCUGCAGAAGAGGGAGAAAAUACAGGAACAGCAUAAGACCUAACAGAGUCACAGGAUCUGGAUUUUGGAAAGCCACUGGCAUUGACAAACCCAUUUAUUCAGCUAAGGAACCUCUCGAAUGCAUCGGACUCAAGAAAUCGUUAGUGUACUACCGAGGGAGUGCAGGAAAAGGCACCAAAACCGACUGGAUGAUGAAUGAGUUUCGCCUUCCACCUAAUGGGAAAAGUUCUACCAACUUCCUCAAUGUCAAAGACAAUACACAAGAAGCUGAAGUAUGGACACUGUGCAGAAUAUUCAAAAGAAUCCCAUCUUACAAGAAAUAUACACCAAAUUGGAAGGAAGAAGCCACAUCAACUAAGCAGAAUCCUAAUACAACUGAUUCAAAUUCUAAAACAUGCAGCUUGGAGUCUGAGAACUGCAGUACUCAUGAUCCAUAUUCGAGCCUCGAAGACUCGGUUGUCAUUCAACACAUUAAUGAAAGAAAGCCAGUUGUGGAACAAGUCCAUCGUGGUGAAACAAAUUAUCACUGGUUUAGUGGAAGGCAGUUGGGCCCUCUAGCUGAUGAACAUCAUCAUGAGGUUCAUUCAUUCGCAACAUCUUAUAAUAGUUCAUCCUUCAUGAGAAAUGAGCUCUCUUUAGAUCAAAGCGAAACCGAUAAUUUCUUUACAGACGGAAGCUGCUGGGAUGAGUUGAGACCAGUAGUUCAAUUGGCUAUGGAUUCAUCCACGAAGUUCAUGACUGUAUAGAUGAGCAGUUCGCAGGUAGGAGUCGAUCUGCAGUUCUGCACUGGAAAUCCUGUUGUUUUUCUUUAUUUCAAGACAUUUUUGUUUUUUUUUUGUUUUUUUUGUUUUAUAGGGAUGUAUAGGCAGGUUAAUUAAACAAUAACUAAUAAAAUGUAAUGACAACCUUGUUUCACUAUUUAUAUACAAAGUCUUAAACUAC